UAAAGAGAGCAACAAACAGCUCAGCUCAGUUCAGUUCGGUUCGUUCCGGUCCGGUCCGGUUCGGUUCGGUUCGGUUCGGUUCAGUCAGUGAGGCGACGUCGGGAUUCGGCCGCAGAUUUAUUUACUUCAGCAUCUGUCCUCAUUAGUGCUGUGUUGUUCAUUACAGAGUGAACGAUGGCCCAGGAGACCAACCAGAGCCCCGUGCCCAUGCUCUGCGCCACCGGCUGUGGAUUCUAUGGGAACCCCAGGACUAACGGCAUGUGUUCAGUGUGUUAUAAGGAACACAUCUCCAGACAGAACAGCGGAGGUGUGAGUCCGCUCAGUAACAUGGGUUCUAGCAGUGUAACCAGUAGUCCCACUGCCGAGGCCUCUGCGAUCCAGAUCAUCGAGGCCAGUUUAACCAAUUCGUCGAGUGAAGUGGAGUCACCUUGCGGAGCUGCUGCAGCACUUCCUGUUACGCAGCAGAUGACUGAGAUGAGCAUUUCCUGUGAAGAGGAAGGGGCAUCACCUAAAGUAGAAAUUCCUAAACCUGUUGUAACUCAGCCCUUGGCUUCUUCUUCCUGCUCAGUGAACACUGCAGUCAGCGCGGAGACCAACACACCCGAUGCCCCCAAACCCAAGAAAAACCGUUGCUUCAUCUGCCGCAAGAAGGUCGGCCUUACAGGGUUCGACUGUCGUUGUGGAAACCUCUUCUGUGGACUUCACCGUUACUCAGACAAGCACAACUGCCCCUACGACUACAAAGCCGAGGCCGCGGCCAAGAUUCGCAAAGAGAACCCCAUGGUGGUGGCCGACAAGAUCCAGAGAAUAUAGAUCACCCGUUUUCUUUUUGGCUUUGACCCUCAGUUCCGGGAGAGAUAUAACGUAACAUAAAAGGACUCGCACUUGACCUGCGAUCUAAAGGACUAUUUUUAUUUUUUAAUAAUAUUGAUCAUGUUUUUCAGCCAAUGCAUGAGUGGAGUGUGUGUGUGUGUGUUUUUUUUUUUUCUUCUUUUUUCUCGUUUUUGUGUGUGUAUGAUGGAGUUAAAAAAGCUGGGAAAAAGUGUGUGGACUUUAAUGUAUGUGUGGGGGGGCGGGGGGUGGUGUCGUGUUAAAGGUGGACUGUCAUUGUGAUUGUCGAAUCGUGAGUGUGUGUCUCAGUGAGGAGGACGGACACGUUGUAGCCUGCGGGACUUCACACGACUGUUACGGCUCUGACCGGAGCGCCGUCAGGGCAGCAGUGCAUGGCUGGCUCAUGUAGCACAAAAAGAAACAAUGGACGCUCACUUCUUUUCCUUUAGUUUGAAGAGUUCACUUCCCCUUCGGCUCAUGGCAUGAUUCCUAAAUGCUAGAGUUAGCCUUCACAGCUUAGGCUUGGUUUAUUUGCCUGUGCCUCGGACCGUCCGGCUUCAGACCUUUUUUUUUUUUACUCCUUUUUGUUUGAGUGAUUUUUCUUUCCUGCUCUCGAGUGACACUUCUUCUAUCCAGGUUGGUAAAAGUUUGUCUGUACUCCACUAAACUGAUUAAAUGUUAAGGCUUUGUAUUAUGAACUUCA